UUCCCCACCGCUCUCUAGACCCUCCUCCUCUCCCUCUGGGUCUUUGGUCCAGUCCACAGAGAUCGAUGGGUCCGUCCGCAGGCGGAUCCUCGGCGCUCGGCUCGCCACGCCUGUGACGCUGCCAUGGAGACGUAGCCGCGGCCUCCAGGCUCGGCCCGGGACCUGGAUCCCUUGCGUCAGCAGGUCCACGCGUGUCCGCGAGCGCAGGUGGCAAAGCCUGCUUAGCUGGAGCAUCCGGGCAAGCGGUGACUUUGCCGGGCUCAGGGACAUGGAGCUCGCAUCCUUCCUCCUCCCAGGAGCUCUCUGCUAUGGUAGCUGAGGAACGCUUCUCUCACCAGCGGAGAGGAGGCCCUGGGACCACCAACCAUCCGUGGGUUAUUAAGGGACCUGCGAUUGUCUACCCGCCCCAUCUUUCCACUCAGCUCACCUAGCUGCAACCUGUCACCCUUGGUAAGAGUGGAAGACUGACUAGAAGAAAGGACCUGAACCAACGUUUAGUCCACAUCCCCAUUGUGUUUUGAGUGGUGUGGACAGGUCAGCCCCUGCUGCAGGAACCCUGGAUCCAUCUCUUUGAGCUCAGUAUUGCAGAGGCAGUGGACACCUAACAGGCUUCCCAGCAGUGGUGUGGAAUCACUGUCAACACUGUAGCACUUUGUCUGGAAUGGCUCUCACAUGGCUUCUGAAUGGUCUUGGAUUCUCCUGCCCUCCUGAGGAUCUUGGAAGGUCUCAGUUACCUACUUUCACUAUUAAGUUGAACAAGGACUCCCAGACCCAGCAGCCAUCAAGGCUGUUGGCCAAAUAGUUAACAAAGCAGCCAGCUGUUCCUGGCCUCGGAGGGAAGCCAGGUGUGCAGGCCCCUGGGCCUGGGGGAUGAGUGGGCGAGUCCCGCUGGCAGAGAAGGCCCUGUCAGAAUCCUAUGCCCGCCUCCGGUACAGGGACACGUCCUUGCUCAUUUGGCAGCAGCAGCAGCAGAAGUUGGAGUCUGUGCCACCCAGUACAUAUCUGAGCAGAAGCCGCAGCAUGUGGUACUCCCAGUAUGGAAAUGAGGCCAUCUUAGUCCGCGACAAAAACCAGCUUGGGGUCUCUAGGGACACUGGUCAGUCUAAGUUUUGCUCAAUCAUGUAAUUCCAGGGAGAAGACCCUUGAUGGCUGUGGUAUAAAAACCCAACACCCAAGAAUGUCACCCAACCUUUAUUAGCGGCACAUCAGGUACUGAUGCUCCCUUCACCGCCAGGUCCAGGGGUCAGGUGGGGCCUCUCUUCUUGCAGAGUCCCAGAUCUGUCAGCUCACUGCUGUGACAUGUGAAAGGGGGGCCAGUGCUAGUAGUGACAUUACUGCAUUGUGAUAGCAUCCACACUGGCCACCAGAUGUGCCCCAAAGUGAUUCCAAGCCUAUUCAAGUAUGGGAAAGAGUGGAUUCUGAUGGUGACGAAUUGGACCCUCUCUUCUACCAGGUUGCAAAGGCUCUCUCAGAGGUUAGCCAAGGUCCACCCUGUGGCCAUGCAAAUGCGUUUUGUCAAAACUGAGCUUUCUAAAUAAACAUCUUAAGACUC